AUGCUGGAAUGGUCCAGAAUUUCUUUCCUUUCAGGCGUCGCAGUCGCGGACUUGCACUUCAACCCUCCGCCACCUCCGCCUGUGCCUUCGGCUUCGUCUUCGUCUUCGGGUGACAUCUUCCAGGAGUGGACGAGUCGCUUUCAGGCGUUCUUGUCCCUGAAGACGAGAGUUUGCUGGAUGUUGUCUUCGGACGACUUCGGUGUUGCCAAGCAGCAUGGAGGAAACCCGACCGCGAUAUCCGGCGUCGAGGCCGAUCCUCGCACGCCGACGAGCCAGGGUGAAGCAAGAGACUCCUUGCAGGCGGGGCGGGGUAAAUAUUAA